AUGGAGUUUGCACAUCUCACUGCUUUAUCUCUCUUUUGUUUGGCUUUCGUGGGAAUCACUGCGACAUCACCAGGAGAGGAUUAUUGGCAAUCCAUUUGGCCAAACACUCCAUUGCCAAAGACCUUCUCUGAUCUGUUGAUUCCUAAUGGAAAAACUAAUAGUCUACCCAUCAAAACUGAAGAAUUGAACCAAUACUCGACGCUCUUUUUCGAACACGACCUUCACCCUGGGAAAACCUUUCACUUGGGUAACACUCAUCCGGUAGGAAAUGUAAUUCGACCAUUCACACAAUCAAAACAAGGUAUAACAGAUUCCAUAUGGCUGGCAAAUAAAGAUGAACAAAGUCUUGAGGACUUUUGUUAUAGUCCAACUGCUAUAGCAGAAAACAAACAUUGCGUAUCAACCUUGAAAGCAAUGAUUGACCAAGUCAUUUCACAUUUUGGAACGACAAAGAUUAAGGCAAUUUCAAGUAACUUUGCUCAAGAUCAAAACCAAUAUGUGGUGGAAGAAGUGAGAAAAGUUGGAGAAAAUGCAGUGAUGUGUCAUAGAUUGAAUUUUAAAAAUGUAGUAUUCAAUUGCCACCAAGUAAAGAAAACAACUGCUUAUGUGGUCUCAUUGGUAGGCCAAGAUGGAACUAAAACUAACGCUUUAACAGUCUGUCACCAUGACACUAGAGGUAUGAAUGCUGAGUUGCUUUAUGAAGCACUAGAAGUUACUCCUGGAAGUGUCCCUGUAUGCCAUUUCAUUGGCAAUAAAGCUGCUGCUUGGGUGCCAAAUCAUACCGUGGAUAAUCGAUGUUAA